AAUGUAAACAAAUCUUUACAAACAUAAAUACCCCAAUUUUAAUGAAACGAGCAGAAAAAAUGGAAAAAUUGCCACCGAAACAGAAGAAAACAAAAGGUCUAAAGAGGGAAGAGUUGUUAAAUAUGGACAAAAACGACCUAGUUGAGAAGAUAAUACAAUUAGAAGCUCACAAUGAACAGUUAAAAAAUAUAAUUAGCAAGAAUUUAGAAAAUAGUAGUGAUAUUCAAACAGGUGCUGGCAAAAGAAAGUUUGACUUUAGUAAAUGUCACUACCGUCGGCUACUCCUGCGCAUUCUCUACUUUGGUUGGAACUACCAAGGUCUGGCAGUGCAAGAGGACUCUACACAGACUAUAGAGCACCAUCUCUUUCACGCGCUAAAGAAGUCUUGUCUCAUAGAGAGUAGAGAGAAGUCUCAGUAUCAUAGAUGUGGGAGAACUGAUAAAGGAGUCAGUGCUUUUGGACAGGUAAUAUCAAUAACACUACGCAGCAAACAUGCACCGUCUGAGCAAAAUCUCCCGAGCUCUAUAUCGUCCGAGAUGCCGUAUUGCAAGAUCUUGAAUAGACUCCUGCCUAAGGAAAUCCGAGCGGUCGCUUGGAUGCCGAUACCUGAUGAAAAACCAGAAUUCAGUGCGAGAUUCGAUUGCAAAAAACGUCAAUACAAAUAUUAUUUUCCAAAAUCCUCUCUUGACAUAAACGCGAUGCGUGACGCGUGCCGUCACCUGAUUGGGUCACAUGACUUCCGCCAUCUUUGUAAAAUGGACGUCGGGAACAACGUCACGGAGUUCCGCCGGGAAAUAUUGAAGGCGGAUAUCGAGGCCUUGGAUCAAAAGGAUUGUAAUAGUGCCACAUCGAUGUACACGUUGACGAUAGAAGGAAACGCUUUUUUAUGGCAUCAGAUCAGAUGUAUUAUGGGAGUGUUGCUAUUGGUUGGGCUAGGAAGGGAGUUACCGAGUGUUAUCACAGACUUAUUGGAUGUACAGACAAACCCGAGAAAGCCUCAAUACAAUAUGGCACUUGACGUACCAUUAAACUUAUUCCAUUGCUCUUACGAUGUAGAAAACAGCGGGGUAUACGAUCAAGAUGAAUUGAAGAAUGUUAUAGUUCAUCUACAGAGCGAAUGGACGAUACAUAGUGUUAAAACCACUAUGAUAAAAGAUUGCCUAUCAAAUCUAGAAGAAAUUUUCGAUAGCCUCUCAAAAGAGAAAGAGAUAGGCGAUGGCUUAGAAAACGCAUCAGACAGAGACAGAGUGAUGGCCCAUGCAGACUGUUUGUUACAAGGAGUCAAACCAAGAAAUUAUACACCUUUGUUGAAGAGGGAAACAUGUUCUAGCUUAGAAGAAAGGAUAGAAUAUUACAGAAAGAAAAGAAAAGUGGCCGACGUUGAAUAACUUUAAGUUAAUUUACACAGUGUUAUGAGUAAGUACAUUUUGUAAGUAGUAGGUUAUUUUUUAAAUAAAAAUCUCUAAAUC